AAAAAAAAAGAGAGAGAGAGAGAGAAAUUGAAAUGACCGCGUCCAAAUACGUUCGAACAUGUCAAAAUAUGGAAGUUCGAUGUCAGAGAAACAAAUCUCUUUCUACAUUUCAUUACAUCUAUUUCUUCUGAUCACCUUGUAGUUUUCCAAGUGAAUGCCUUCGUAAAACAGAUUUAUUUCUGAAGGUGUCAGUCAUGCUAUCGCUUAUAAUACAAUUGAUAACCACAGUCAUUGAUUAAUUAUGUAUGCGUUAAAAUGUUCCGAUGUUUGGUUAUCAAAAUUUUGUAGAUACGAAAGGACUUCACAUUACAAAGGACACGACGAGGAUGACGGCACAAUUAAUUAUCGCAAUAAUUAUCACUCUGGCCGGCCUGGUUAGUAUUACUAAUGGACAGUUUGGAGCGAAACACUCACAUCACGGAAUGAGAGGUGACGUCAGGUGUAUGUACUGCACACCAGGGACAUGUAACAACGUGACGGGCACGUGCGGCAAGUGCUUGGAUGGUUUUUACGGAGAAAAGUGUCAUAAAACGUGCUCCAACACGUGUAUGUCCUGUGACAUGGCAGACGGUAAAUGCACGACCUGUAUGAAUGGAUGGUUUGGUGCAGAUUGCAACCAGGAAUGCACACAAUGUGAUACGUGCGACAAAGUGUCCGGAACAUGCACCGCCUGCAAGUCAAAUAACUGGGGCGACACUUGUCAGAAUUUGUGUGAAGAUGGCUGCCAACGAUGUGAUGUCUCAACGGGCAAAUGUCAAUAUUGCGCAAGUGGGUUAUAUGGAGAAAGAUGCGAGUUAACUUGCGAUCAUUGCCGACAAGGUAUGUGUGACCGAAAUCUUGGAAAUUGCUUAUACGGGUGCAAUGACGGACGAUACGGGGAAAAGUGUGAAAAGAUGUGCACCAAAAAAUGUCGGGUUUGUAAUCAAAAUGAUGGUUCCUGUAUAAUGUGCGAGCCUCCAAUGUGGGGGGAGUAUUGCGAUAACAGAUGUCCCGUUAACUGCGAUUUCUGUAAUGUUACAAGUGGAGAUUGUUUAGAGUGUAAUCCUGGAUUUUAUGGCCAAAUAUGCACGAAUGCGUGUAACAACUGUUUAGAUGGUUACUGCCAGAAGGAGACAGGUUAUUGUGAGGGCAACUGUCUUAAUGGAUGGUUUGGUGCAAAAUGUGACAAAAAAUGUCUGAAUAAAUGCCUUCGCUGUGCUGAAGAAAACAAGUGCAUGCUUUGUGAAAAAGGAUGGGCGGGAGAAAAAUGUGAUAUUAAGUGCCCAGAGCGGUGUCCCACCUGUGCCAAUGAUAUCCUCACAGGUGAUAUCAUGUGUAUGGAGUGUAAUGGAGAAUUCAAAAUACCAGAGAAAAAUUGCUCAUGUUCAAAUAAAAAAUGUACGAAAAUACGAGAAUCCACAGGCAGGGGAUUUACAUGUGCAGAUUGUGCAGAGGGUUGGUACCUAAGGGAGGGAACUUGUUGUCCAUGUCAUAAAUGCGCUGGUGGAAAUCAAUUUUGCGAAAAGAAUGGAAAUUGUAAGAAAGGGUGUGAGCCAAAGUAUUUCCGGGCUACGGAAGGUUGUGACCAAUAUUGCGACAUUCCUCAUUGCACGUGGUGUGAAUCUUUCUAUGGGCAUGGAAAAAUAUGUAAGGGAUGUGAUCCAGGUUAUUUUCUAUCAAAACACGGAUGCGAACCCUGUAGUUCUAAAUGUAAGGGUGGAUCAUAUCGAUGUGAUCAGAAGACAGGACGUUGUUUGGAUGGGUGCGAGGGUGGAAGAUAUGGUGACAAAUGCGAUUCUCUCUGUCCCGAUAAACACUGCCCUCCGCCUGUCUGUGACGUCCAAAACUGUCUCACGUGUGAUAGUUCAACGUCUCCCAUUGCUAAAUGCAAGGAGUGCAGUGCUAUGUACUAUGCCGAUAAGGGCGUCUGCAAACCGUGUAGUAAGAAUUGUGGAAAACAUAAAGGUCUUACUUGUAGCGGUUUUUCUGGUAAAUGUUAUGGUGAGUGCAGAAAAGGAUGGAAAGGUAAAAGAUGUGAUGAAGAGGAUGUAAUAAAAGUGAAUGUGAAGAUUUGUAGAGGACACUGCAUGCUCUGUGACGCUAUGACAGGGGAGUGCGCAUCCUGUCAUCCGGGGUCUUGGGGAUCACGAUGCAACAAAAUAUGUCCUGAAAAUUGCAGGGAGUGUAACCAGAUGACUGGAAAAUGUGCUGUAAUUUGCAGCAAAAAUUGUAAGCGAAUAGGCAAGGAGUCAUCGCCCUGUAAUACUGUCACGGGUGAGUGCUUGAACGGCUGUGAGGAAGGCUGGAUGGGAAAGACGUGUCGCUACAGGUGCGCUGGGAAUGGAAGUUGCAUGAUCACGAGGAAACCCAUUUUCGAGACAAUCUAUUUUAGAAAAUGAAGAAAUGUUUUCUUCCAAUUUUCGUACAAUCAUUUUAUACUUUGUUAUAUUUAUAUCCUACAUUUACAGUUCCUGACCAAUUUCUACGGCGCUGUACUAAUGUUCUUUAUGUAUAUUAAUGUAUGUAUUGUCAAUGUGAUCUUCUCAUGGGGUUUUGAAUGAUUAACCGUAAUAAAGAUUUUAAGAAUAACACA